CCGAGUUGUAAUGAACUUUCUCCUGACGUUGACAAAGAUUCAUUAAAAUUUUUAUCUUAAUCACGUUAAAUUUCACGGAAGUGUAAAGGUUUUCACUGGGAUUUGGUGAAACUUUGAGCUGGAGAGCUCAAGAAAGUGAACGACCAACAAUUAAACGUGAAAAUGUCUGUCUGAAAACUGGUGCAAACAUAAAAACAAGAAAGAUUGUCAUUCGUAAUUAGGCAAUGUUAAAAUUCAUUAUUUAGUUUUUCGUGAUAUAGUUAAUUAGUUAUGGGUGUAAAAGACGCAACAAAGUGUGAUUUAACCGUCAGUGGUUUGUGAGUGUUUAAAAAUAAUGAUCUUAUAAUUGAAAGCCGAAUUUGGAGUGUUUAAGAAAGAAAGCAAUGUCAGCUAUGAAAAGUGGAGUUGUAGCUAAAAAGGAAGGCAAGAUGAGAAUCCGUGCCUUUCCGAUGACUAUGGAUGAAAAGUAUGUGGAGAACAUAUGGACCCUGUUAAAAAAUGCAAUUCAAGAAAUCCAAAAGAAAAACAACUCGGGUCUUAGUUUUGAAGAACUCUAUCGAAAUGCCUACACAAUGGUGUUGCAUAAACAUGGAGAGCGUCUCUACACAGGGCUCAAGGAGGUUGUCACACAUCAUUUGGAAUUGAAAGUACGAGAAGAUGUGCUAAAAUCUUUACAUAACAAUUUCUUAAUGGCUUUAAAUCAAGCUUGGAAUGACCAUCAGACUUCGAUGGUCAUGAUUCGUGAUAUUCUUAUGUAUAUGGAUAGAGUUUAUGUUCAACAAAACGAUGUUGAUAAUGUAUAUAAUCUUGGACUUAUAAUCUUCAGAGAUCAGGUUGUACGAUACGGUUGUAUAAGAGACCACUUGCGCGGUACAUUGCUGGACAUGGUGAUGCGGGAAAGGCGAGGUGAGAAGGUCGACAGAAUCUCUAUCAAAAAUGCCUGCCAAAUGCUUAUGGUGUUGGGCAUUAAGUCUCGAUCUGUUUACGAGGAGGACUUUGAACGACCGUUUUUGCAACAAUCUGCCGAAUUUUAUAAAGUCGAAAGCCAAAAGUUCUUGGCCGAAAACAGCGCGUCUGUGUAUAUUAAGAAGGUGGAAGCGCGCAUCAACGAAGAAUCCGACAGGGCCAAACAUUACCUCGACGAAUCCACCGAGACCAGAAUUGUCGAGGUCGUCGAAGAGGAGCUGAUCAAAAAACACAUGAAAACCAUUGUAGAGAUGGAAAACUCGGGGGUGGUGCACAUGCUGAAGCACCAGAAGACCGAGGACCUGGCGUGCAUGUACAAGCUUUUCGGGCGCGUGUCGGACGGGCUGAAGACGAUGGCGGACUGCGUGAGCCAGUACCUGCGCGAGCAGGGCAAAGCGCUCGUGCAGGAGGAGGAGCACCAGCCGGCCACCAACGCCAUCACGUUCGUGCAGAGCCUUCUCGACCUGAAGGACGGCUUCGAUCACUUCCUCAAGAACUCCUUCAACAACGACAAGAUCUUCAAGCAGAUGAUCGCGUCCGACUUCGAGCACUUCCUCAACCUGAACCCGAAGUCGCCCGAGUACCUGUCGCUGUUCAUCGACGACAAGCUCAAGAAGGGAGUCAAGGGGAUGUCCGAACAAGAUAUCGAAUUGGUACUCGACAAGUCCAUGGUGUUGUUCCGAUUCCUACAAGAGAAAGACGUGUUUGAAAGAUACUACAAACAACACUUAGCCAAACGUCUUCUUCUCAACAAGUCGGUUAGCGACGACUGGGAGAAGAAUAUGAUCUCAAAAUUAAAGACGGAAUGUGGUUGUCAAUUUACGUCAAAAUUAGAAGGAAUGUUCAAGGACAUGACUGUAUCGAACACCAUUAUGGAAGAGUUUAAAGAGCACAUUUCCAAAUCAGAGGCCAACUUGGGCGGAGUAGACUUGUUUAUGAGAGUUUUAACGACCGGUUUUUGGCCCACGCAAAACGCAACGCCAAAAUGUCACAUUCCGGCCAUCCCACUGUCUGCCUUUGAAUGUUUUCGUAGAUUUUACUUGGCCAAGCACAGCGGGCGUCAGCUGACGCUGCAGCCGCAACUCGGCAAUGCCGAUCUCAACGCAGUAUUCUACGGUCCGAAGAAGGACGACAGCGACAAGGACGGCGCGUGCUCGUCCUCGACCAGCCUGCUGUCGACGCGGUCCGGUCCGCGCAAGCACAUCAUCCAAGUGUCCACCUACCAGAUGGUGGUGCUGAUGCUGUUCAACAACCACGACAAGCUCACCUACGAGGAGAUCCUCAACGAAUCGGACAUCCCGGAGCGCGACCUUAUCCGCGCGCUGCAAUCCCUCGCGAUGGGCAAGGCCACGCAGCGCAUCCUCAUCAAGAACCCCAAGACGAAGGAGAUCGAGGGCGCGCACGAGUUCUACGUCAACGACUCGUUCACGUCGAAGCUGCACCGCGUGAAGAUCCAGACGGUGGCGGCGAAGGGCGAGAGCGAGCCGGAGAGGCGCGAGACGCGCAAUAAAGUCGACGAGGACCGGAAGCACGAGAUCGAGGCGGCCAUCGUGCGGAUCAUGAAGUCGCGCAAGCGCAUGGCGCACAACAUCCUCGUCACCGAGGUGACGGAGCAGCUGAAGAGCCGCUUUCUGCCCUCGCCCGUCAUCAUCAAGAAGAGGAUAGAGGGCCUCAUCGAGAGGGAGUACCUGGCGCGCACGCCCGAAGACAGGAAAGUUUACACCUACGUUGCUUGAACUUGGACUUCUUUAUCUUGUAUCGAGUGAAGUGUGGGACUAGAUGAUAAUUCAUAUAAAGAUAAAAUUAAAUUAUUUCAAAAUAUAUAAAUAUAUAUUGAUUUCUCCUUUUUUAUAGGCACCACUUGACACCAUCUAUGCUCCACUUUUUAUUUGCAUUUUAUUAAUAAAAAAUUUAUUGUUGAAAUAACAAGUGGGUUAACACAGUUAAUUAUUAACUUUCACUUCCAGAUAUCACAUAACGAAGGAUACUAACUGAGAUUAAACCACCUAAGGGACAAUUUUACUGUUAAACAUAAAAAAUAAUGUUUAACAGUCCCCUAACUGAACAAACUUGUUUAUUGAGUGAUUUAAAGGGUUACAUGCAGUCAGAGGUUUAGAAAAAUGUCUUUAAGUUCGUACUAGGGUUUUAAAGGAUCGGACAAAAACCGGAAAAAUUGGGAAAAAACUGUUUUUUUCAGGCAUUGGAAAAAUUGUCUUUUUUGGGA